AUGCCCCAGCCGCAGAAGUUCUACGAGAUAAGCCUCAGUGGCUCCGACGAGGAAGAGGAUGAGCCUGCUGGGAGCACCGGGGCUUGUGGGAGCAAGGAGGAUCCCAAGAAGGUCGUGAAGACGAAGAAGAUGCCUCGGCCGAAGAAGGAGACUUGGACACCCCUUCCAGGCCACUCCAAGGCUUCCCGGCGAGUUUCCGAGGUGGAAGAUGGGGUGGUGGAGGAUCGGCUCCUGAGCCAGAGCCUCCUCGUCGUCCGUUCAACCAGAAGCGGCACGACUGGUUCAUGGCUAUGA